AUGGUCAGCUUCACUCAGAUCGCACUUGCUGCUCCCUUCCUCCUCGGCGCCGUCACCGCCGCUCCCCUCCCCAGCCAGGACCAGAACCUCGCCGUUCGAUCCGAGACCGCGGUCGAGGCCCGCGACAUCUCCCUGGAGACCCGCGAGCCCAAGAAGGAGCACAAGUCCAAGUCCGAGGACUCCGAGACCAAGGACGAGGAAGACUCCGAGAAGAAGGUCAGCAAGAAGCACCACAAGAAGCACGGCAAGAAGAACAGCAAGAGCUCCACCAGCUCCGGGGACGACCUGAGCAACAGCUCCAAGGACGUCCUGAAGGGCAAGUUCCAGAAGUUCCUCAAGAUCAAGGCCGCCGCCAAGAAGGCCGAGAAGGAAGCCGCUGCCGCCGAGAAGGCUGCCAAGUCCGCCAAGGGCUCGGACAAGUCUAAAAAGGAGAAGAUCGCCAAGGAGAAGGCCGCCGUCGCUAAGAAGGCUACCGCCAGGGCCAAGAAGGCCACCAACACGGCCAAGACCACCCUGAAGGGCCUGAAGAGCAAGCACGCUUCCAAGAAGGCUGGAAAGUCUUCCAAGAAGGCCCACCACAGCAAGAAGAACAGCAAGAAGCACUCCAAGAAGGAGAAGGAAGACAAGGAGGAGAAGCGCGAUGAGGAGAUGAUCGAAGAGCGCGACGAGGAGAUCAUGGAUGAGCGCAGCCUCGACGACCUCGAGCUCGCCAUGCUCGCCCGUGAUCUCGACUACGUCCACGACAUCGACCCUCGCGACAUCGACGCUGAGUACGAAAUCGAGGUUCGUGACUUCGACUUCGACGAUGAGCUCUACAUCUAA